AUGGAUAAGCUACGUGCGAAAUUGAAGUCAAAAUCUCCGGUUCAACAUGCACUCAAAGAAGAAGACAAGAAGAUUGAAGGGGUUAUAACACGCCCUAAUCUCCCAAAGUUGAUCAACAACAACAUAACCCCGUGUUUGCCUCUACGUGGCAUGAUCACUGCCUUGGGUGAUCUUUUCCCGUUGUCCUACAUUGCUGGUUUGCUCAUUGGUAGGCGUAAUUCCAAGGUUGUUGGACCCAAUGGUGAGGAUCUUAAUGCUGAGGAAGCGUUCCGCAUUGCUGGAGUUAUAGGUGGAUUUUUUGAGUUGCAGUCUAAGGAAGGACUUGCACUUGUGAAUGGUACACUAGUUGGUUCUAGUAUGGCAUCAAUGGUCCUGUUUGAGUUCAAUAUUCUUGUUGUUAUGUCUGAAGUUUUGAGCUCGAUUGUGCUUGGUGAAACUGUUGUUGGCAAGGAUACUGGAGAUGCACUUUACAAAAGUUGGAAGUCACAUAAGAUUGUAAAAAUUGAUGAUUUUGAUGGUGUUGCAGUUGGUGCAUAG